GGGGUCUUUGGUCCUCGCUGAUUGGAGCAGCAGGACGUGAACCGGAGUUUCAGAUCUGACGGACUCGUCGGAGUCAGUCAACAGUUUAAAGGAUCAGAACCGGGAUCAGAGGGUGAUCAGGACCAGGAACAGCGUGAUCAGGAACAGUGUGAUCAGGACCAGGAACAGUGUGAUCAGGACCGGGAUUCGGCUCCGGUUUCCACAGUAGGAUGAAAACACUUCCUUAAACAUUACGUCAGUAUGACAUCAUCAGGGCCCGCCCCCCCCUCCCUCCCAGUGCACCGUCUUCAGCCUGUCUUAUUCAGGAUCGGACAGAGCUCCGGCCAGUCUUCACUCUGGCUCCACCACUUCCUGUCUUUCUGGAUGUGGAUUAGCUUACAGAUGGUUCAGGUGAGCGCCUCGCACCAGCACUUCCACCCACACUCCAUCAAGAUACCUGGUGACAUCACUCUGGGGGGGCUGUUCCCUAUACAUGCCCGUGGCCCCCACGGUCUACCAUGUGGCGAGCUGAAGAAGGAGAAGGGGAUCCACCGCAUGGAGGCCAUGUUGUACGCUUUGGACCAGGUCAACAGCGACCCGAUGCUGCUGCCCAACAUCACGCUGGGGGCCCGCAUCCUGGACACCUGCUCCAGAGACACAUACGCCCUGGAGCAGUCGCUCACCUUCGUCCAGGCGCUGAUCCAGAAAGACACGUCCGACAUACGCUGCUCCAAUGGAGAACCGCCCCUCAUCCGCAAACCAGAAAGGGUGGUGGGCGUGAUCGGGGCGUCGGCCAGCUCCGUGUCCAUCAUGGUGGCCAACAUCCUGAGACUGUUUGAGAUCCCUCAGGUGAGCUACGCCUCCACGGCUCCGGAGCUCAGUGAUAACAACCGGUAUGACUUCUUCUCACGGGUGGUUCCUCCAGACUCAUACCAGGCUCAGACCAUGCUGGACAUUGUGAAGGCGCUGGGCUGGAACUAUGUGUCCACGCUGGCGUCUGAAGGAAGCUACGGCGAGAGCGGAGUCGAAGCCUUCAUGCAGAUCUCCAGAGAGGCCGGGGGCGUGUGUAUCGCUCAGUCGGUGAAGAUUCCUCGCGAGCCGACGGCCGGUGAGUUUGAUAAAAUCGUGAAUCGUCUGAUGGAGACGAGUAACGCCCGAGGAGUGAUCAUCUUCGCCAACGAGGACGACAUCAAGCGUGUCCUCGAGGCAGCGAGACGUGCUAACCUGACGGGUCACUUCCUGUUUGUGGGAUCAGACAGCUGGGGGGCGAAGAGUUCACCAAUCACAGAGCUUGAAGACGUCGCCGAGGGCGCUGUAACCAUCCUGCCAAAACGAGCGUCGAUAGACGGCUUUGAUGAGUACUUCCUGUCUCGCUCUCUGGAGAACAAUCGGAGGAACAUUUGGUUUAACGAGUUCUGGGAGGACGACUUCAGGUGCAAACUGACCCGCCCUGGGAUCAAACUGGACCCUGACAAGAAGAAAUGUACAGGUCAGGAGAAGAUCGGUCGGGACUCUGCGUACGAGCAGGAGGGGAAGGUCCAGUUUGUGAUCGACGCCGUGUACGCAGUGGCGAACGCUCUGCACAACAUGAAGCAGGAUCUGUGUCCCGGCAGCUCCGGAGUCUGCGACAACAUGGACCCCGUGGAGGGACGGCUGCUGCUCGAAUACAUCCGAGCGGUCAACUUCAACGGAAGUGCGGGUACGACAGUUCUGUUUAAUGAGAACGGAGACGCUCCGGGUCGUUACGACAUCUUUCAGUACCAGCUGACCAAUCACAGUCAUCCUGGAUACCAUGUGAUCGGCCAAUGGACCAAUAACCUGAGACUCAACCUGGAGGAGAUGCAGUGGUCUGGAGGAGAUAAAUCUGUUCCAGGGUCAGUUUGCAGUUUUCCAUGUAAUCCAGGAGAGAGGAAGAAGAUGGUGAAGGGGGUCCCCUGCUGCUGGCACUGUGAGCUCUGUGACGGGUACCAGUACCAGGUGGAUGAGUUUAACUGUGAGACCUGUCCAUCAGACAUGCGCCCCGCCCCCAACAGGACUACCUGUCGACCGACUCCGAUCAUCAAACUGGAGUGGAACUCCCCCUGGGCCCUAGUGCCAGCCUCUCUUGCCAUGCUUGGUAUCCUAGCAACCAGUGCAGUGGUGAUCACCUUCAUCCGCUUCCAUGACACGCCCAUCGUCAGGGCGUCAGGGAGGGAGCUCAGUUACGUCCUUCUGACAGGUAUCUUCCUGAUCUACUUGAUCACCUUCCUGAUGAUCGCUGAACCAGGUGUGUUUGCGUGUGCGUUCCGGCGCCUCCUGCUGGGCCUCGGUAUGGCGAUCACGUACUCUGCCAUGUUGACCAAAACCAACCGGAUCUACCGGAUCUUCGAACAGGGCAAGAGGUCCGUGACUCCCCCCAAAUUCAUUAGCCCCACCUCCCAGCUCAUCAUCACCUUCAUCCUCAGCUCCGUCCAGGUCCUUGGCGUCUUCGUAUGGUUUGCUGUUGUCCCUCCACACACCAUCAUCGACUAUGAGGAGCUCCGCCCCCCGAACCCUGACCUGGCCCGAGGCAUCCUGAAGUGUGACAUGUCAGACCUGUCAAUCAUCUGCUGCCUCAGCUACAGCAUCGUGCUCAUGGUAACGUGUACUGUGUAUGCAGUGAAGAGUCGCGGUGUUCCAGAAACGUUCAACGAAGCCAAACCGAUCGGUUUCACAAUGUACACCACCUGCAUCAUCUGGCUCGCCUUUGUACCCAUCUUCUUUGGCACUGCCCAGUCUACCGAGAAGAUGUUCAUCCAGACGGCCACUCUGACCGUCUCCAUGUCUCUCAGUGCCUUCGUGUCCCUCGGGAUGCUCUACAUGCCGAAGGUUUACGUCAUCAUCUUCCACCCAGAGCAGAACGUUCAGAAGAGGAAAAAGAGCUUCAAGGCCGUUGUCCAGGCUGCCAAGAUGAGCGGGAAACAGAAUGGAGAGACAAAGAUUGAACCGGACAGGUCACAGUAAAAGCUCCAAGCAUUCAGGAUGGAUCCUGAUAAAAUGUGACUCAAUCAUGUUCCUGACAUCACAAUCAAAAACCCUCCAGAUGAGCAACAAGUCGCUGCACAUGAUCAACAGGUUGCUGCACAGGAUCAACACAUUGUUAUAGAUGAUCAACAUGUUUUAAAGAUGCUCAACAUCAUCAACAUGGUCCCUGAGAUGAUCAACACAAUGCCCCAGAUGAUCAACAUGGUCCCUGAGAUGAUCAACAAGAUGCCCCAGAUGAUCAACAUGGUCCCUGAGAUGAUCAACAAGUUGCCCCAGAUGAUCAACAUAGACAGAUUAGCAUAUUUUGUCCUUUUCUUUGAUACGAUUCAGGAGUUUUCCUUCAUUUCAGGAUUUCUGUUGCAAUUUGAAUACAAAUUGCAGUAAAUUUUUGUCCUCGUUGUCGACUUCAGUGAUCCUCUGACUUUUCUUCUGGUCGACUUGAUGACCAUUUCCCUUGCAGAACUGAUGACAUCACACUCUGUUUUCUGCUAAUUAGCUGUUAGCAUUGCAAAGAGUAUUUUAUAUUUAUGUGUAUUAAAGGUGCACUAUGUAGUUUUGAUAGAGAAAUUUGAAAGUUAGAGAAGUGUACAGAUUCUGUGGUAUAUUCAUACCUCUAUACACAAACUGUCCUCAGAGGAAAAUUUGGUUUCCUGUAACACUGUUUGAAGAUAAAAUAUACGCGAGAAGUAAUGGAGGUAAUCAGUGAAAGCGUAACUCUCCUGGUAGCUGUUUUAGCUCCAAACAAUGUUCCAGGGACCCAUUUUUUUCUUUAAGUAAAGUUUGUGUCUUCAGUUAAAAAAAAUAUAUCAUAGAAUUGUUUCACUUCUUCAACUUUCAAAUUUCACUACCAAAAGUCCAUAGUGCACCUUUAAUGAAAAAAUGUUUUCCAUGUGAUUAGUAUUGAGACAGACACUGCAGCAGAAACUACAACUCCCAGCAUGCUCUGGGGGCCACUAGUAAAAGAGCUUGAGGACCCAACGAGAUGUUGAUUUAUUUGACUUCAUUGUGAAGAUGGCACCUGAAGCUGGAGUUAUUAUAUGACUAAUGGGCGUGGUUUAAGUCCUUAUAUGGUCGGUCAUACUGUAGGUGGGCGGGGCUUACACGUGUAUGAGGAAGACUGAGAUGAUGGUGAAGAUAUUUCAGGCUGAGCUGCUGAAUGUUUCAGAUGAUGGUUAAACAUUUAUGUUCAUGUGAGCGACUCAGGAGCAAGGCAGCGACAAGCGGACGGUUCAUAUCCCCGAAGAGUCGAAGAAGUGGGUCAUAUUUCUUCUUCUACUGUUUUCUCUGCUGCACGAAAAACCCACUGCUCCCCCCCCCCCCCCCCCCUCCACCCCCUCAGGAGGGAGUACAAGCACCCCCCCAGUACUACAGAUCUAUUUUUAUUUAGAGAACAUUGCACAAAAAGUUAAAUGUUGUUAUCACCAGAAAGAAAGACUGAAAGAGGUUAAAAUGUAUUUUGUUAAUCAGUGACAGUUGUAAAGAAUUAAAGAUAGUCCUGUUUGACUUUUA